GAAAGACCCAAAACAUCCCUGAGACUCCAGGUGUUGCAGUGGAGACCCCAAAUCCAGAUGUUGAAGGUUCCAAAACCAGCUGUGGGAUGCUGGUGGUGGACAGUGACACAGAUGUGGAGGAGGAGGAGCCACAUCCAGAUGUUGGGAACCCCAAACCACCCAAAAUGGCCCCAAAAGUGCCCCAAACUCCGGGUUUGGGGGUUCAGACCCCAAAUCCAGAUGUUGGGGUGUCCCAAAAUGGGGAUGAGAUGCUGGUGGUGGACAGUGACACAGAUGUGGAGGACGAGGAGCCACAUCCAGAUGUUGGGAACCCAAAACCACCCAAAACGUCCCCAAAAGUGCCCCAAACUCCGGGUGUGGGGGUUCAGACCCCAAAUCCAGAUGUUGAGGGCUCCAAAACCAGCUGUGGGAUGUUUGUGGUGGACAGUGACACAGAUGUGGAGGAGGAGGAGCCAAAUCCAGAUGUUGGGACCUCCAGGAGACCCAAAAUGACUCUAAAAUACCCCACAACUCCAGAUGUGGCUGUGAAGACCCCAAAUCCAGAUGUUGGAAGCCUGAAAACAACCAAAGCGCCACAAAAUGUCCCUGAAACUCCAGGUUUGGGGGUUCAGACCCCAAAUCCAGAUGUUGGGGCACCCAAAAUUGGCCAUGGGCUGUUCCUGGUGGACAGUGACACAGAUGUGGAGGAGGAGGAGCCAAAUCCAGAUGUUGGGAGCCCAAAAAGGCCCCAAAUGGCCCUAAAAGACCCCAAACCUGCAGAUGUGGCCGUGAAGACCCCAAAUUCAGAUGUUAUGGGGCCCAAAAACAGCUGUGGGCUGUUCGUGGUGGACAGUGACACAGAUGUGGAGGAGGAGGAGCCAAAUCCAGAUGUUGGGAGCCCAAAACCACCCAAAAUGGCCCCAAAAGUGCCCAAAACUCCGGAUGUGGCCAUGAAGACCCCAAAUCCAGAUGUUGGCGCCUCCAGAAGACCCCAAAUGGCCCCAAAAGUGCCCGAAACUCCGGGUGUGGGGGUUCCGACCCCAAAUCCAGAUGUUGGGAAGACCCAAAGGACGCUGGGGGUGGACAGUGACACAGAUGUGGAGGAGGAGCCAGAUCCAGAUGUUGGGAGCCCAAAACCCCUCCGAAUGACCCAAAGUGUUUCUGGAAGUCCAGGUUUGGGGGUGAAGACCCCAAAUCCAGAUGUUGGGGGCCCCAAAAAUGGGUGUCAGUCGCGGGUGGUGGACAGUGACACAGAUGUGGAGGAGGAGGCAACAAAUCCAGAUGUUGGGGCCGCCAGAAGACCCAAAAUGGCCCCAAAAGACCCCAGAAUUCCAGGUGUGAGGGCGGAGACCCCAAAUCCAGAUGUUGAAGGGCCCAAAAAUGACCAUGGAAUGCUGGUGGUGGACAGUGACACAGAUGUGGAGGAGGAGGAGCCACAUCCAGAUGUUGGGAGCCCAAAAAGGCCCAGAACGACCCCAAACAUCCCUGAAACUCCAGAUGUGGAAGUUCAGGCCCCAAAUCCAGAUGUUGGGGGGCCCAGAACCAGCUGUGGGCUGCUUGUGGUGGACAGUGACACAGAUGUGGAGGAGGAGGAGCCAAAUCCAGAUGUUGGGAGCCCGAAAACCCCCCAAACGACCGAAAGAGUCCCUGAAACUCCAGAUGUGACCGUGAAGACCCCAAAUCCAGAUGUUGGGAGCCCAAAAAAGCCCAGAAUGACUCCAAAUGUCCCUGGAACUCCAGAUGUUGUAGUGGAGACCCCAAAUCCAGAUGCUGGGGCACCCAAAAAUGGGGGUCAGAUGCUGGUGGUGGACAGUGACACAGAUGUGGAGGGGGAGGAACCAGAUCCAGAUGUUGGGAGUCCAAACUCACCCAAAACGGGCUUAAAACAUCUCAAAACUCCAGAUGUGGCAGCAGAGACCCCAAAUCCAGAUGUUGUGGGGCCCAAAAACAGACUGGGGAUGUUUGUGGUGGAC